UGCAAGUUGCUCAGAUCUCCCACAAUGCAACGCGCAUCUGUCAUGGCUGCUCACUGAUGGCACUUGCACCACAUGUGUGGAAAUAAACAUAAUAUCUCUGACUGAGAAACACCGACUUGGCUCAUUAAGAACGCGAUUCCACUCCGGCUGUGAUCCGGGACCGUUCAGACUGAAGGCUCCCGCUGUCGCUUCUCUUCGGCCGGCUACAGAGGGCUCAGUGAUGCCGCUGGACGUGGAGCUCCCCGUGCUGCGAGGCUUCCUGACACCAAGCGAGGCAGCGGAAUGGAAGCAUAAUAUGUUCAGUACUGCAGAGGCGGGCCCUCUGCUGAAGUCCCUGAUGGAGGGGGACUUGGAGGAGGUCCUGCUGAGCCCCCAGGUGUUGGACCUGCUUAGAGGAGACGGCAGCUGCAGUGAGGGGGAGGACAUCGAGGCCUACCUGGAGAAACAGGUGCUGCAGUACCUCACCUGUGGCACCAACAAUGAACACACCAACAGGCAGCUGGCGCUGAUGGCCCUGGCAGUGUCCUGCCUCCACCUGUUUGCUCAGAGUAACUGGACUGGUCCUCCUGUCUCCAUCAGUAUCUCCGACCUGCUGCCACCGGCCCUGCUCUCCUCUGAGCCACAGGCCCUGGUGGAUGCGAUCCACUCCAGCCUGCUGAUAGACGGGGAGUCUGUGUACAGCUUGGUGGCCAACCCCCUCCUCCUCCUGCUGGCCAGGGUUAUUCUCACCAAGUGCUCCUCAGAGAUGGACAGCCUCCAGAUGCUGCCCUGGUGGACCCUGCGCUACAUCCGCCUGCACCAGCAGAUCCUGGAGGCCUGCUCUCCUCAGCUACUGGACCUGGCCCAGAGCAGCAUGGACAGAGUGGUGAAGAGCCUCUCUCUGUGUCCGGAGCAGAGAAACCUGGCCAUCCAUUUCCACCUGGAGUGUGUCUACACCAAUCUGACCUACUAUAACUACCAGAGCGCCAAGGAACACAGCGAGAAGGCCCAGGAGCUCUCGGGGCUGAAUAUCAACAUGACUGGUGCUCUUGGCAAAAGGACCCACUUCCAGCAGAAGUAUUUGGCUCAGCUCAUCCUUGAGGUGAAGAGAAAGCAGGACCAGGCGGAGGAUGAGGCCAGUGCCACCCCGACCCCUCAGGCCAGCCUGCCCAAGGACUACAAUCUGGGUGAUGAGACCGUGCUGGAUAAGAUCAACCUGGCAGAGCCGGAUCAGUAUGAGCUGCCUGACCUGAGUGCUGAGGAGCAGGCCGUCCUGCUGGGAGUCUGCACGGACUUCCAGAAGAACAACCCCGUUCACAAACUGACAGCAGAGGAACUCCUGGCCUUCACAUCCUGCAUCCUCUCUCAGCCUAAGUUCUGGGCUGUGGAGGUGACCGCUCUCUGCCUCAGGACCAAACUGGAGAGGGGCAACUCCCGCUGUGUGGAGAGAGCCAUGAUGCAAACUCAGGCAAUAGUAGACCACUUUGAAGACCGGAGCUGUCCUGGGACUGAGCGGCUAAAGGCCUUCUACUUCUGCCAAGCCCCCCCCAGAUGGGCUGUCCAGAAACAGCUGGGCAGCCUGCUCACAGACCUCGGCUGCACCAGCUCAGCUCUGAUCAUCUACCAAAAGCUGGAGCUCUGGGAGGACGUAGUGAUUUGCUACGAGAGGCUGGGCCAACAUGGAAAGGCUGAGGAGAUUGUUCGCCAUGAGCUGGAGAAGAAGGAGACGCCCAGCCUGUACUGCCUGCUGGGAGAUAUUCUGAGGGAGCAUCAGUACUACGACCGUGCCUGGGAGCUGUCGGCUGGGCGCAGUGCCAGGGCCAUGCGCUCCAAAGCCCUGCUGCACCUGCGCUCCAAGGACUUCCAGCAGUGUGUGGACUGCUUCGAGCAGUCCGUCAGGGUCAACCCCAUGCAGCUCGGUGUGUGGUUUUCUCUCGGCUGUGCUUACAUAGCCCUGCAGGGUUAUGAGGGAGCUGCCAAGGCCUUCAAGAGGUGUGUGACACUGGAGCCAGAUAAUCCUGAAGCAUGGAACAACCUCUCUUCAGCCUACAUUCGCCUCAACAACAAAGAGAAAGCAUUCCGCACCCUGAAGGAAGCUCUGAGGUGCAACUACGAGCACUGGCAGAUCUGGGAGAACUUCAUCAUGGUGAGCACUGACAUCGGGGAGUUUUCCGAAACUAUCCGUGCCUACCACCGCCUGAUGGACCUCCGGGAAAACUACAAGGACACUGAGAUUCUGAAGAUCCUGGUUCGAGCAGUAGUUGAGAACCUGAUUGACUUCCAGGGGCAGCAGGCAGAAACUCUCCGCUCCAAACUGAAGGAGCUCCUGGGCCGGGUCAGCGCCCGCCACUGCAGCGACAGUGAGGUGUGGCAGCAGUACGCUCGGCUGUACGGAGACGGACACAGCUCCAGCCCAGAGGACAACGACAAGGCUCUACAGUUCUUGUCCAAAGCCCACCACUGCAAGGUUCAAGCUGGGGGCUGGGAGAAAGAACCAGGUCUCUUCAAAGAGGUGAUCCAAAGAGCCAUCAAUAUGGGUGAAGUGACCAUUAGUUGCAGUAAGAAGAAGAGUAAUCCAGCAGAAGCUCUUCAGAUAUUGUCCUCCACCCGCCUCAGCCUCAAGAGUCUGGCCACCAAAGCUAAGCAAAUGCACACAGAUGUGGCCACAGGUCAGCUCCACGGGGAGCUGCUGGACGGAGUCGCUGCUCUGGAGCAGGUCCUCACCGAGCUGCAGGAGCUGAGCGCCACGCUGCGGGGCCCAUCACAGUGACGCUGGGGGCCCAUCACAGUGACUCUGCGGGUCACUCACUCUGCGGGGUCACUCACAGUGACUCUGUGGCCCUGAAGGCUCCGCAGUAGUAAAGACUGCUCAGAGAGCGACAGAAGCAGCAGUCGUCAACCCGGUGCAUUGUUGGUCACCUUUAAAUCAAGACUCCUGAGAAUAACAUCAGUUAAGCCAAAGGUCUGACUUUGUCAUUUUUAUGAUUAUUUCUUUUUAUCUUAAAUGAAAACCAUGACUGUAAGACAUAAAAUAGUAAAAUGUUAUACAUUUUGAAA